GCUUUCACCGGGCACCAAAUCAGUCGACGCCAAACUCAUGACCAAGCCGAUUGUGGUCAUAUCCCCCUGUGUUCCCGAAACCGGGCCGAAGAAACCAGCUGCGUCUCCGGACAGCAGCUUUUAUUCGACCUCCACAGGCCUCUCGCCCACCAAACGCAGGGGCGCCUCGGAGGGGGCAAACCCCACAUGCAAGCAGCGCCCAAACGACGUGGAGCUACCAACGAUUAUCUCCGUGUCAGAGAAAACAGCUACAGCCGUGCACUCCUCAACAAAGUCACAGCCUCUGAACUGGACUGAGUCAGAUGUGCGGGAACAAGAAGCGAAGCCAAUCUCCAACUCCACUCCGUCAAAAGCGGCCUCUCUGCUUGUGCACACAACCGUCGCCCAGGACUCCGACAACCAAAGCCAUGAACAUGACAACAGCAAUCCGGAAAACCCCUCGUACAUCCAGUUGGCCACGCUGAUCGCUAGCGGAUCGGAUGUCUACACAUACACCAAGGAAGGGCGACUGCAGCCAAACAAGCCAUAUAAAGUUCGCCAUAUUAGAAAACUGCUGGCUGGCUUCAAGCCCGAGCAAACCGAGCUCCCACGAAACGAAGAAAAACUCGCAGGUGGAAAGCACUCCCACGAAGCAGACAACAUCGCUGCAGAGGCCCCUUUGGAGCCUUGGACUCAGACUCAAACCCGGUGCACAACUAUUAAGUCUGCCAACCACCCUGGUCACGAAACUUUCGGCUCCUCAUCCUCGGAGGCAGCAGAGACAGUGUUGAAAUGCUUGUCCACAAACUGCCUCAGCCUUUUCAACAAACUCGGCGAUGUUAAACAGUCAGCUUGCCUUGAACAACCGUCCAUAAUCGCACUCACAGAGACCUGGCCCACACCAGAUUUUUCUGACGCGGAGAUCUUGAUAGAAGUUUACUCUAUUUUUCGAGCUGACUCAAAACGAGGGAGGGCUGGUGGGGUUGUUCUGUACUUACAUGCGGCCCGACCAAUCCCGAUUGUCCUCUCUGACACCGCCUCUGCACCAUUUUGCGAUGCAAUGUGGGUCCAAAUCCCGCUGCGCGGGUCCGAUUUCCUCCUUCUCGGCGUGGUCUACCGCAGCCUUCCGAGUCCCUCUGAAGAUGACCAAAUCCUCAUACAAACCCUUGAGCAACUCUCCGCCAACUACCACUUCACUCAUCUCCUCAUGCAUUGGCUUCCUAAUAACUUCCUUGCCGUGUGUCUAUCACUUGUGGCGAUUGAAAAUAUCAGGCUCAACAAAUUUGCGAACGGAUUCAUGUUGCUCGGUGGUCUAUUCUUCUACGAUAUAUUCUGGGUUUUUGGUACACCAGUUAUGGUCUCUGUCGCCAAAACUCUGGAUGCUCCAAUCAAAGUCACUUUUCCCCGCGACUUUCUCGCACAUGGAAUUUUCGGGAAGCAGCUUGGCCUACUUGGACUGGGUGACAUUGUAGUUCCCGGGGUAUUUGUUGCAAUGCUGCUCCGGUUUGAUCACAGUCUAAACCGAUCUGGUAGUCUCAAGUACUUCUACACAGGCUACGUCGCCUACAUAAUCGGCCUGCUCACCACUUUCAUCGUGAUGCUUACAUUCAAUGCGGCCCAGCCUGCUCUCCUCUACUUGGUCCCCACAUGUCUCGGCUUCCCAUUAGCGCGGGCCUGGUUACAGGGUGAUCUCGCCGCUAUGUUUGCUUACGAGGAUGUCCCUCAAGAAAACACGGACAAGAAUAUCAUCGCCGAUACUCAGUCUGUAAUUGACAAAAAAGGAAACUAAUCACGUUUCUCACUUCAUUAUGAACUGGAUUUAUCUGUUUCUUUUCGCCCUGAUCUUGUCAGUAUGUAUUUCCACCUCUUUGGCGUGGUCACUUCUCUUGUGUCGUCUUGUUUAUUGUUCUUCAUCUGUGGUGAGGUUGAGCUAUUUACACGUACCUCGUGCUCAUUAAAAACAGUCACUGAUGGUUUUAUCUACUUUGGGAAUAUGAUCAUUUACAUGAGUUUACA